AUGUUUCUAAACUCUAAAAAUGAAACUGCUCCGGAACCACCCACACCUCAGUUUGUUGUCCGGGGUUCGCUUUUAAAGGACGGACUGUAUACCGGAAGUGGCUGUGAUUGGCUGAGCUGGUCGGAUUUGAAGAAGCAGCGCAGGAUUUUAAACGUGUGUGUGUGUGUGUGUGUGUGUGUGUGUGUGUGUGUCAUGGCUUCAGAACUGGAGUUUCUGCGAGAUCAAGUGAACAGGUUGAAUUUAGUUCUUGGCCGUUAUCAGGAUGCUCCAUCGAUAGUCACAGAGGGUGAAGAUAAAGAGUGUAAGUCUGCAGCACCGUGGAUCCCAGACCAAAGCAUCAUGGCUCCUCUGAUAGUGGAAUACGAUCGUCACAUGCAGCAGAUGGAGAAACAGCUCAAACUCUACCAGAGGCAGAUGGUGGAUGUCAGGGCCAGCCUGGAGCAGGUGGUGCGUGAGAAUGAACGGCUGUAUGAGGAGCAGCGUCUUUCUGUAGAGAAACAGCUGCAGUCUCUUUCUGUAGAUGAAGAUGCUGCUGUGGAUGCUGAUAUCAUUCACAAUCUGGAGGAGCAGGUCAAGUGUGCAGUGGAGGAGAAGGAGCGGGUGGUACAAAUGUGGCGAGUUGCUGCUCAGGAGCUGGAUCGUCUGCAGAAACUUUACCAGACCAGCAUGAGAGACGGACACAUACACACUGCACAGCACAAACACACACAGAAUCAGGUUGCACAGCUCCAACAUCAUGCCCAAAAUCUUCAGGCAACGAACCAAAACCUGGAAUUGACGAAUGAACAGCUUCUUAAGACUGUAACAGAACAGACGAGUGAACUGGAGGAGCUGCAGAAUCAACUCAGGCAGGUAAAGCUGGACCUCAGGACAGCUACAGCUAAAGUAGAUGAGAUGACUAAGCUCUUGAAGAAGUUUCAGAACCAGAUGCAGCACACGGAGGAGGAUGCAGCAGAGGCUCAUGUGAGAGAGGAAGCAUCUGACCGCAGGUUGUUGCAGCUACAAACAACACUGAGUCAGAUAGAAGGAAGGCUGAAGGUGGCGAGUCAGGAGGCGGAAUCAGUGAGGAGGAAGGAGGUGGUGUGGGAGAAGCAGGUCGGGGAGCUUCAGAGUCGCUGUGCUACAUUACAGGACGAGAAGUUCCAGGCUUUCCAAAAACUUCGGGAUUCACUGCAGCUGGCAGAGGAGUCGUCACUGCAGAGAGACCAGGCUCAGCUGCGGGAGAAGCAGAGAGUGGAAGAGUUGGAGAGGAUGAAGGAAGGUAUGAAGCAGCUGGUGGAAGAAGCAGCCAUCCGCACCAGGAAGGAGGUGGAGUGUGUGCGUCAACAGUGUAACACACAGAUUAAUCGUCUCACAGAGGAACUUGCCGCUCUGCAGCUGGAGUGUUCAGAUAAACAGAGUCAGCUGGAAAGGGCACACAGAGAGAGGAAGGUGGUGGAGGAGGAGCUCGAGAAGGUGUACAGAGAGGGCCGAUACGGUGUUGCAGAUGGGAGGAAGAUGGAGGCACUACAUCAGAGAUGUUUAAAUGCAGAGAGAAUAAAAGACGAGCUGGAGCACACACUCAACACCACACACUCCAACAUGAAGAAGAUGGAGCUCGAAUUGGGUGAAGAGCUGUUGCGCUGUCAGGAGGAGGUGCGAAGGCUGCAGGUGGCGCUAUCGAAUACAAGAACAGAGUGCAGCAGUGUGUGUGAGGAGAGACUCAGCCUGCAGCAGGAGAACCAACAACUGCACAGAGACAUGGACACACUGCACAAAGAGUGUGUGUCUGCACAGAGACACGCCAAACUACAGGUGUCACGUAUGCAGCAGGAGGUCUGUGUAAGGAAGCAAGCAGUAGAGUCAAAACUAAGAGAAAUGGAGGAAAGAAACAAACAGUCCACUGCUGAACUCCAGCGCCGCCUACAGGCACAACAACACAACAACACGCGCUACAGAGAGGAGAGUGUCCAACUCACUCAUACACUGCAACACACACUCACCUCACUGAGGGCGGAGAUGAGCAGACAGAAACAGCAAUGUCAUGAUCUGGAGAAUAAUUUGCAGUCCGCACAGGAGAAGAUCCUGGAGUUUGAGCAAGAAUUAGCAGAGCACCAGGAGAAGAACACUCGCUUACAGACUCGACUCACUCAGGCUGAACAUCGAGCUUCCACCACCUCACAGCAGCUCACCCUGAUGACCCAGAGGAGAAAAGCCGUUUCCGUGAUGGACCUGGAGCUCCUGGAAUAAAGCUUUGUGAUUUCCUGCACGGUUCCAGACGAGUUUCUCCUUAAACCCGUCACACAAAAUGAUCAGAACUGUGUGAAAACUUACAAACUAUUUUUACUCCUGUAUGUAAAAUCUCUCUCACUGACUGACACACACACACACACACACACACACACACACACACACACACUGACACACACAAGCUGAUUUCUCUCAGGUACCAAUUGAAAUGUUUUAAAUGUGUUUACAUUAAAAUGUUUUUCAAUAAAAUUCACCUUAAAUUCA